AUGGAGGCUACAACACACUGGAACUAUUUGUAUCCCAAAGCUCCGGUGCAGAUAAACGGGAAGGGCAAUGCACGGGAGCACAGUGCCCAUCUGAGCUCUACUAUAGAUCAGUUUGAAUAUGACGGCUGCGACAAUUGUGAUACCUAUCUACAGAUGAAGGGCAACCGGGAAAUGGUGUAUGACUGCACCAGCUCUUCCUUUGAUGGUAUCAUCGCGAUGAUGAGUCCAGAGGACAGCUGGGUCUCCAAGUGGCAGCGAGUCAGUAACUUUAAGCCAGGUGUGUAUGCUGUGUCAGUCACUGGUCGCCUGCCCCAAGGUAAUAAUCAUAACAGCUGUUGUUUAUUUACUGUACCAAGCAAGCACUACAGGAGCCCUUGGUGUGCAUCAGUGCCAAUCUGCAUGUGCUACAAGGCUCUUCGUUUUAUGGAGAGGGAAGUCAAGGCACAAAAAAACCCCAAACCUAACACUUUCAAGUCGAUUCUGCCUCAGCGCAACUCAGAGUGCCCCUGCCUCGGUGUCUGAGGCUCUGCAUCUUUAUGGAAGCAAACUGCCUCAUCUUUCUUCCUCACAGUAGCUUUAUCCCUUCCAGUUAGUAGUCCAAUGCUUAACGCACUGGGCCAGCAGGACACAGAGAGGGUCAAUAAUUGGUCAAGUUCUUCCAGCAAGGAUCUGGAAUUUGAACCCAGGCAUUUUGACUUCAGAGUCUGUGCUUGUGACUACAGUGUGCCUGACAUUUCGAUGGUAACAAGCCAACUAAGGGGGACCAUUGACAGUCGUCUAGAAGCUCACGUUUGUUUAAUAGCUGCUCCCCCUGCCC